CAGAUAUAGUGAAUGCAGGGUCCGGGGAGACCAGAUAUAGUGAAUGCAGGGUCCGGGGAGACCAGAUAUAGUGAAUGCAGAGUCCGGGGAGACCAGAUAUAGUGAAUGCAGGGUCCUGGGGAGACCAGAUAUAGUGAAUGCAGGGUCCGGGGAGACCAGAUAUAGUGAAUGCAGGGGUCCAGGGAGACCAGAUAUAGUGAAUGCGGGGUCCGGGGAGACCAGAUAUAGUGAAUGCAGAGUCCGGGGAGACCAGAUAUAGCGAAUGCAGGGUCCGGGGAGAGCAGAUAUAGUGAAUGCAGGGUCUGGGGAGACCAGAUAUAGCGAAUGCAGGGUCCGGGGAGA